CUUUUUCUUCGCCGGUGGGCCCCACCGCCUCCCUCCAAACAAUUCUAAAAUUGAGGAAUUUCUCCUCCUUUUUAUCUCUCCCCCACCGCCGUGUCUGAAACAGAGAGAAAUUGGAGGUUUUGGAGAGAGAAAUUGGCUUGAUUUUUAGAGGGAGAAAAUUUUCCGAUGGGAAAUCAUAAGUUCCGGUUAUCGGACAUGAUUCCCAACGCCUGGUUUUACAAGCUCCGGGAGAUGGGCGGCGGCGGCAGAGGAAAAUUGCCGAUUAUCCAAUCACCUUUUGAUUCCAAAAAAAAGCACCGGCAGCCACCGCCACCGCCGCUGUCCAAACAGAAGCAACAACCGCCGCCGCCGCAGUCUCGUUCGAGGAAGUCUUACCAUUUCACUAGAGAACUCGAAUCCAACGAUGGGUUCUACAUUGAUUCCCCUCCGCGGCCGCCGCCGCCGCCGAGAACGUCAUCAAAGCAGCAGAAACAGAGAAAAAGGCAAACGAGUUCCCGGCCGUCGACGGCGGCGAAAUUACUCAGCUCCUCCUCCGUGGGCUGCAGCUGCCGCACCACGACGGAAUCCAUCUGGACCAAAUCCGACUCCCAGCCGGAAUUCUCCACGUCAGCCUCCGAAACCUCCCCGGAACCCGACAAAAUCCACGUCACCUUCGACCGCGACAUCGUAAUCGACGUCUCGACAAAGUACUCCGACAAUGCCGCCGCCGCCGUGGAUGACUCCCCGCCGGAGCUCGACCUGCCGCCGAUCAUCACAAAGCCGCAGAAGAAAAAAGAACCAAAACAGAGGACGACGGCGACGAGUCCGACGAGGAAAUUCCCGACGAAUUCGGGCGGCGGCGUCCGGCUCCGGGUGCACUCGCCGAGAAUCGGGCGGCGGAAGAGCGUGUCGUCGCGGCGGAGCCUGUCGGACAGCCUGGCGAUCAUGAAAUCAUCGUACGACCCACAAAAGGACUUCAGAGAAUCAAUGGUGGAGAUGAUCGUGGAGAACAACAUCAGAGGAUCGAAGGAUUUGGAAGAUCUUCUUGCAUGUUAUCUCUGCUUGAACGCCGAUGAAUAUCACGAUCUUAUAAUCAAAGUUUUCAAGCAGAUCUGGUUUGAUCUUACCCAAACUCCACUCUGAAAAUCAAAUUCAUCCCCUCUUCAACUGCUUUCUCUGUACAAUUACUUCUCUCUAAUUGCAAAAAUAUUCAAAUAAAAAUUUUAGAUUUUUUUUCCCUUA